AUGGGUUCAGAAGUCAAAUUGGACAAAAAUGCCGAGAUUUUCCCCGGGAAAUCGUGCGAAAAUGGUGUUGAUGUAGAUGAUGAAGAAAGUGCCGAGCCAACAGGUAAAAUUCGCCUUGCAUUGUUGUUGUUUUUAGGGAAUGAUGUGAAAGGGAAGUUAUAAAGACGAUAGAAGUAUCUUUCAGAACCCGAUCAGUCCUAUCCAUACCGACAGAACGAAGAGAUCCAUUCACAAGGUGCGGAGGCCCGGUUGUAUAAGUGCAUUUUCCUCGGAAAGCCCGCGAUUCAGAAGAUCCGCUUCUCCAAGAAAUAUCGACAUCCCGAACUGGACAAGAGGCUAACGCGAGAGCGUCUGAGGAACGAAAUGAAAUCGAUUAUCAGAUGUAAGGAGAUUGGAAUUCAAGUGCCUUCCAUCUACUUUUUGGACACCGAAAAGAAUGCGAUUAUUUUUGAGGAAAUCCCAGGAUGCUCAAUUAAGGAUUUCCUCGCCGAAGCGGACGAUUCCGAGGAGAGUAGGGUGAGUUAUGAACGGUUUUUUAUAUUAUCCAUGAGCUGAUUAUAUUGCACAUGGCAAAAUGGAUAAAAAUGGAUACUUUUGAUGUUUUUUUUGCAGAAUUUGACUUGAAAUGAAAGGAUAUGCAUUUUCAGAGUCAGAUACUCGAAAUUGGAGAGGCAGUGGGCAAAGCGAUCGCCAAAUUACAUCAAAAUAAUAUUGCACAUGGGGACCUGACAACCGGCAAUUUAAUGCUCCGAAAUAGGGACCCCAAAUCGGUUGUUCUGUUGGAUUUUGGACUAGCUACCUUCAAGACAACCCCAGAAGACUUUGGAGUGGAUCUGUAUGUGCUGGAGCGGGCAAUCCGCACAACUCAUGUGCACAUGGAGUACUUUACCGAUAAAAUCUUCGAAAGCUAUCGAAAUUCCGGAUGGAAAGGUGCCAAAUCAGCAAUCGACAAACUCUCCGAAGUGCGAAUGAGGGGAAGAAAGCGAGAGAUGGUUGGAUAA